GUUUUCCUCUCCAAACUUUUAGUAAGUUCCGCCCUCUGGCCUUAGAUUAGGGUUAGUCAUGUAGAAAGCCUUCGAAACCUUAGACACACUUCGUGAUAAAAAUGUCGUCCGAGAGCGAUUCCCAGGACAUCUCGAGGACGCCCUCGAUGGAGGACGAAGGCCUCUCCGACGUGGAGUCCAGCAGUGGUCAGCCCUCGGAUGGUGGUGAUGCAGCCCUCGCCACUGAGAUGCAGAAGGAUCUGAUGGCCGAGGCCGAGGCGGAGGAAUUCGAGCGAACUGCCGAGGAUGAAGAGUUGGCCCUCGCCGUCCAAGUUGCUGAAGAGGAGGAGGAAAAGGAGACGGCGAAGGUCACUGUGGCAGUCCUUCCCCCUCGGGGUGCUGGUGAGGCCAGUACUUCCCAGCCGCUGAAUGCGGUUCCCAUCCGGGUGGCCCCCGGGAAGAAGAAGGCCAAGGCAGCUGCCCCCAAGAAGAAGGUUAUUGCUGCUGAUCAGGGGAAACCCGUAGAUAUGCCGGAGGGGUAUUCCUGGCUCAACACGGCUGCCUUGGGGAUAAAGUCGAAGGCGGACAGGGCGGACCUCUACGUGACGCAGCUACAUGUAGGGCCCUCGGCCGUGGUGGUCGAGCCGGGAGUUGACGACGUGCUCUCUCGGGCGCCUGAGGGGUGCAUUGCAGUACACGUACUGUCGGUCUCCAUGGGCCCUCGGUUCCCUCUGCACCCCUUCCUCCGGGAGUACCUGAGGUUUGUUGGCUUGGUACCCUGCCAGCUGACACCUAAUAGCCACUCCUACGUGGCGGGUUUUUUAAACCUCUGUAGGGACCGAGGGGUGACCCCCAGCCUGGACUUGUUCUUCCAGAGCUUCAACCUCUGUCGAGGGGGUCACGCGAAUGCCGAGGGCUUCGCCAACCUGCAACAGGUGGCCAGGUGGAAGCUGUUUACAGAGGCGCCUUCGUCCAAUAAGGGCUGGAAGGAGCGCUGGUGCUAUGUCAGGGUUGCUGAGAACCCAUUUCCGGCGGAACUUCGGGAUCGCUUCCGUCGGCAUCCGAAGGUUGGAAGCGCCGCCCUCGAAAAAGAUGGCCUGGUGAUAGCCAAAAUCCCGGAGGGUCGCACAAAGCAGGUCUCCAUCAAAGACUAUACUGCCGACAAGGGAUUCUACGCCCUCGGCUUUCGGAGAUACCGAUUUAUUGGGGAAGCGGACGAGAAGUACCCCAUUUUUGCUGAGGCCUUCGGGGGAACAGGAGGUAGUCUACGAGGUCCCUCGGUUUUCAUAUCUUAGCACAUAGCUUAUUUUGUUCGUUUUUUUUGUUCGUUUUUUUUUAUUCUUUGUGCCUUCGGUCAGUAACCCCUCGAUUUUGACCCCAUACCUUUUUUUGCAGGUGUCCCAGUGAAAAUGAUGAACGUCAGAGGCCUUGCAGACCUGAAGAAGAAAAAACCCUCCAAGGACCCGAGGGGGACGGACGCCGGUGUCCCAAAACCCGUCGGUGACUUCUUCAAAAAACCGGAGGGGCCGUCGGUGGGCCCAAGUGCUGAUGCUGCCGCUGCCGCCAAAAGGAAGGGCUCGGGCAGAGAUCCCGAGGGCAAGAAGCCCAAGACCGGGGAUGCCGGGAAGAAAGUCCCCCCGGUGAUCAUUGUUGAUGAAGGCCCUGCCUCCGGGGCGAAUGAGGACAUGCAGGUGGCGAAAGUGCCGCCGGGAGUUCAGGGGCCAUCUUCCGAGGUCCUCAUGGUUUCCCUCCCGGCUGGUACGGCCGUGAUGAACGGUACGGCUGACCCGAGGGCGCUUCUGAGAGGCAUCACCCUCGAGAUUGACAGAGUAGCCCUCGGGGCUGAUGAAGACGAAGCCCUCGAGGACAGGAUCCUCCGGUCUUCCCUCACAACCUGCAUUGCCCUCGGGGAGCAAGCCCGGCGGCUAGAUGAGUGGCGCCUUCGCAAGGCCGAGCAGGAGGCCAAGAUGCGGGAGCUCAUCCGCCAGAAUGCAGACGCUGUUCGACAGAUGGCUAUGCUGGAGGAGAGCCUUCGGCAGAUGACCCUGCGGGCGGAGGCCGCAGAUCGGGGUAGGGCAGAAGCCGAGAGGUCCGCAGCUGAGGCCUUGGAGAGAGCUGUCAAGGAAGCCGAGGCCGCGAAGGUGGAAGCCGUCGAGAGAGCCCGAGGGGACGCAAUCUCGGGGUUCUUG